GGUCUUGCAGGUAGUUUCUCGUACGGCGACAUUACCCCACAAAUGACUCAUGCUGGCUUAGCCAAUUGAAACGCUGCUGAUUCCCCCAACCGAUCUUUUGCCCUCAGGCACUCAAAAGGCCCUUCGACAAUGCUUCAUAUCUCUUGACGAGGAGCAAAGGAUACCUUUCACGGAAGCCAUGGCCACCCCUCAGGGUGACAGUACAAGCGGGCCCGAGGUGCAGACAUAUGCCAUUGAGCUUGCGGAUGAUGCUUGCACUAUUGGACCUAAAGACGCUGCAGACGAGGAUGCGAAACUUGUCCGUAAAUGGUUCUACUGGAAUAUUGGCUGUGUGGCUCUCGCUUGGGCGCUGGGUUACAUUGUCCAGUUUAUUCAUGUCUCUGCUACCGUGGUCAUUGCCAAAAAGUUGAUCGGGAAUGAUCAGUUAUCUACCAUUCCCUUGGGCUUCAUGUCCUUUGGAACUAUUCUCGCUUCAUUUCCAUUAUCACUACUUGGCGAACGCGUCGGUAUGCGGUGGUCAUUUCUGUUGGCGAGCUUUACGGGUCUUGUUGGGGCAUUUGUGGCAUUUUCAGCCUUGUAUAUUGGAUCCUUUCCCUUACUUUGCACUGCGCUCUUUUUACAAGGCGCUUUCAUGGCUGGUACUCAACUCCUUAGAUACACAGCGAAAACGCUGUCCCCACCUGAAUAUGUCUCCCGUGCCCUCUCCGUUAUUGUUGGCGGGGCGGCUCUGGGCGCCGUGGUAGGACCCAACAUUGCAAAAUAUACCGAACAUACAAUCCAUUCUGUCCAAUAUGGUGGCGCAUAUGUAGUCAUGGGAGGUUUGAAUGCCCUUAUGAUGAUUGCUAUUUUGUUAAUUCGCUUUCCACCACGAAGAAGCGAGGUGACUAUCAAGACGCCAACAGAGGGCGUGGUAGCAUCUAGGGAGGAAGAAACACGAUGGACGAUUGUCCGCCGUUUCCUUCGAAAUGCAAACUCUCAGAUUGCACUGAUUGCCGGGACAGUGUCGUACAUGAUCAUGGUGCUCUUUAUGGCACCAGUACCACUAUCCAUGCUCGACAAUAACUACACAUUCCAAGACCAAGCAAACGUUCUAAUGAGCCAUAUUUUGGGAAUGUUUGCGCCGUCGCUUUUCACUGGAUACCUUAUUGAGAAAGUUGGCACGAUGAGGAUGAUUGCGCUUGGAUUUGGCUUUUUGAUGAUUGGUGCAGGCACCCUACUCGGCGGCCAGACCCUUGCCAUCUACUUUAUCGGUGAAACUUUUGUCGGACUUGGAUGGAACUUUGCGUACGUUUCCGCCUCCGCACUCAUCACAACUCUCUGCAAGACACGCAAAGAAUCAACAACGAUACAAGGACUGAAUGAAACAGUAAUAGCCAUCUCUGCCGCUAUAUUUACAUUAGCUAGUGGGGCCAUUUAUAGAGGCAUUUCUUGGAAUCCGUUAUUAUGGUUGGGCUUGGCUUUUUUGGGCUGUAGCUCUUUAGUGAUGAUCGGGAUCUGGCUGGGGGCAAGCAGGUGGGAUUGGAAAGAUCUAGACAGUACGACAAAGGGCGUUCGGACUAUAGUAUGGCGGCCGGAAAAAGCGCCAUCUAUGGCCUGAUUUGAGUCUAUCCAAUUGUUUAAUUGUUCUUUAAGAAACCUGUCAAUCCAGUUGUCCAG